AUGCAGAAGAAAAUAUGGAAGGAAAUAGCGAGUAACUUUAAGAAAAGAGGUUACAACGUAACUGACGAACAAUGUCCUGUUAAAUGGAAGAACUUGAAACAGAAAUAUAGGUCGGUGCGUGAUGCUAAUAAUGAGACUGGCAGUGCUAAAGUAUCUUGGGAAUACUUUGAUUUAAUAGACGAGUUUAUGAAUACUACACCUGAAGUAACACCUGUAUCACUUGCUUCAAACACACGUGGAUUUAGACUGCACAAAGAAAAUGUAUGUACAACAGAAAACAGCGAAUCCAACGAUGAAAAUACAGUACCCAACACUACUUCUACUUCUACUUCUACUACUUCUUCUUCUACUACUUCUCAUGGUACAAAGCACAAGUUCAGAAAACGUGCAAGAAAACGUAGAAAAACAGCCUACGUCUUCUGGGGGGCCGCCCUAAGGCCCAACUUGCGCAUCGUAGCCACCACUGCCCUCACUGCGACAUUCGCCUUUUCUCGGUCCUCAUCCUAA